AUGGAGAUGAUAAAACUAUCCUAUGUAUUUCGUAGAUUAAUUCACACUAACAUUCAACAAAGAUUGGAUAAAAUCCCUUUAAGUGACUACAGAAUAUUUUCCAUUGCAGCUCAUAUAGAUCAUGGUAAAUCAACAUUAAGUGACCGACUAUUAGAAAUCACCAAUGUGAUAGCUAAGGAUAACAAUAAUAAACAGGUAUUGGAUAAGUUGGAAGUAGAAAAAGAAAGAGGCAUUACUAUCAAAGCUCAAACUUGUACUAUGUUUUACAAUCAAGGGAAGAAAGAUUCUAAGAGCCAAGACUAUCUUUUACAAUUGAUCGAUACUCCAGGACACGUAGAUUUUAAAGAUGAAGUGGUUAGAUCAUUUGCAUCGGUAGAUGGAGUUAUUUUGUUGGUAGAUGCAAUAAAGGGGGUACAAGCACAGACUGUAGCUAACUUUAAAUUAGCUCAAAAUAUGAAUUUAACUAUAGUUCCUGUUAUUAAUAAAAUUGAUAUUAAGAAUUCUCAAGUUGAUAUAGUAGAACAACAAUUAAUCCAUGAAUUAGGAUUUGCUCAAGAUACAAUUGUUAAGAUUAGUGCCAAAUCGGGGUUAAAUGUUAAAGAACAUCUAUUACCGAAGAUUAUUGACACAAUUCCACCCCCAAAAGGAGAGUUGUUAGACCCUUUUAGAGCAUUACUGAUUGAUUCAUGGUAUGAUCCAUAUUUAGGUGUGGUGCUAUUAACUAAACUAGUAGAUGGUAAAAUAAAAGUUGGUGAUAAAAUAAUGAGUGGUAUUACAAAGAAAAGCUAUGACGUUAAAGAACUUGGUAUUAUGUAUCCAAACCAAACCCCGCUUAAUCAUUUGAUCUGCGGACAAGUUGGAUAUAUUAUUACAGGAAUGAAAAAUGUCCAAGACGCUAUCCUAGGGGAUACGUUAGUAUCACAGAGCCAUGCUAAGGAUACAGUAUUAUUACCUGCUUUCAAAGAAUCAAAACCAAUGGUAUUUGUGGGUGCAUUUCCAGCAGACGGAUCUGAUUUUAAGGCAAUGGAUGAAAACAUCAACAAGCUGGUUCUAAAUGAUAGAUCGGUUUCAUUAAAUAGAGAAACUUCUGCCGCUUUAGGAAAAGGAUGGAGACUUGGAUUCUUAGGUUCAUUACAUGCGUCUGUAUUUAAAGAAAGACUAGAGAAGGAGUAUGGCUCAAAAUUAAUCAUUACUCAACCAACAGUGCCGUAUUUAGUUCAGUACAGUAGUGAUAAGUCAAAGUUGAUUACAAAUCCAUCAGAGUUUCCGGAUAAUUCUUCAAAACAUAGAACAGGCAUUAAAUCUUUACAAGAGCCUUUUGUUAAAGCAACAAUAACAGUUCCAAAUAAGUAUGUCGGAUCUAUUAUCCAGCUAUGUGAAAAUAAUAGAGGACAACAAUUAGAUAUUAAAUAUGCUACUGGGAUCGAUUUGGCUGAAUUAAUUUAUGAUUUACCAUUGGCGCAAUUAAUUGAUGACUUCUUUGGACAGUUAAAAUCCAUUUCUAACGGGUUUGCUACAUUAGAUUAUGAAUCAAACGGCUUUAAAGAAUCUGAUAUUGUGAAAUUAGAAUUAUUGGUUAAUGGUCAAAGUCUUGAUGCUCUAUCACAUGUAGUACAUAGAUGUCAAGUCCAACAUCUCGGUAGAGGAUGGGUUAAAAAAUUUAAAGAAUAUAUCAGAUUACAACAAUAUGAAGUGGUGAUUCAAAGUAGAUGUAAUGGGAAGAUUAUUGCCAGAGAAACAAUCAAGGCUAGAAGAAAGGAUGUCCUAGCUAAAUUACAUGCCUCUGAUGUAUCAAGAAGAAAGAAAUUGUUGGCCAAACAAAAAGAAGGUAAAAAAAACUUGAAAUCAAUAGGGAAUGUUAUGAUUUCUCAAGAAGCAUAUCAAGCUUUCUUACGUAAAUAA